AUGGCCUCCAAGGACCAGACCGGCUCCGGCGCCCUCCUCGCCGACCUCCACGCCAUCUCCUGCGCCCUCAAGGCCUUCGCCUCCACCACCGCCGCCGAGGGUCUCGAGGGCGACAACUACAUGCUCACCCAGCAAGUCGCCCGCUACCUCCUCAAGGCCGCCCGCGGCGUCCUCGCCGGCAAGCCCUCCAAGAGCGACAUCAGCCAGGUCCUCCGCCGCUUCAUCGAGAGGCGCGACGUCGGCAACGCCUUCGACGUCCUCUCCGACGACCAGGACCUCGUCGACGCCUUUGGCUGGCGCGUCGCCUACCUCACCCUCGAGGCCCUCCGCCACCGCGACGAGGACAAGCGCGCCUGGAACAGCCUCCUCGUCGACUUCUGGCGCCUCUCCACCGCCUUCGCCCAGUACCUCGUCGUCAAGACCUUCCUCGAGGCCCUCCGCGACCCCGCCACCCAGGCCAGCCUCGACCAGGAGACCCAGGUCCUCCUCCACAAGCAGUUCCAGCUCUUCGCCCUCUCCCACCUCACCACCCACGCCACCGAGUUCUUCGCCUGCGCCGCCGCCACCGUCCGCCAGCUCGAGCUCGCCCGCACCAAGCGCACCCUCGCCCUCCUCGGCGAGCUCAGGCCCCACGCCGUCCGCCUCGUCGACGCCUGGCAGUUCUCCGACUGGGCCCUCGACUCCUCCCUCGGCCGCUACGACGGCAAGGUCUACGAGGACAUGUUCCACCGCGCCUCCGAGCUCAACCCCUCAACGACAUCGUCUUCGACCCUUACCCCGAGUCGCCCCCCAUGUCUUGGUGGUGAUACAACAACUGAGCAGCAGCACAAUUAA